AAAAAUAAGAAUAUACAAUGAAGGCCUACUAUGUACAAUGGCCUAGUUUUGUCAUGUUUUGACUUUCAAAUAAGGGUGAUGAUAGUGGUAGAGCAAGAAGGGGAACCUUGGAGCAGAUAAAGUUGUUUUCGUGUGACUUAUAGGUCAUGGGUUCAAGCCGUGGAAGCAGACACUAAUGCUUACAUUAGGGUAGGAUGUAUACAUCACACUCGUUGGGGUGCAGUCCUCCUCGGCCCUGCGUGAAUGCAGGAUGCUUUAUGCAUCGGACUGCCCUCUAUAGUGGCAUGUUAUUUUGCCAAAUCGACAUCAGGACUGCUUGCCAUUGUUUGUCAACAUUUGUGCACUGCUUUUGAAUGAUGAAUUCUGCUCUGUCCUUGGCAAUUACUAGUAACACCAAGGAGAAAAUAUAAACAGAAUUGAUCCUUGGUGGGUGUGGCCUAGCGGCCAAUGAAGUGGAUGGAAAUCAUAGAAGAUAAGAUUCAAAUUCUAGUACUUCGAUAGAAAGCCGAAACAUGUGCUGGUUGGAGGUAGCAGAUGUCCAAUCGAACGGUCAAGGUGCAUGUAAAUUGGCCCUGACACUACCGUUAAAAGGAAAAAAGAACUGAAAAGCAAUUUAAGCGGAGAGUAAUACAUUUCAGACUUAGGUGAUCUAAGCCUUUGCAUCAUUUUUGAAAGCUGGGGGCCAUCUUUACAUGUUUUACAAAGUGAGCAGUUUUCACAGUAGUGGUAAUAUUCAACUGUCUUAGUGUUUCAACUCAAACAAAGCUGUGAAGCAUUAUAAGAUUUAGUCUCCCCCACAGGAGAUGCAUUUAUUGGAUUUUACUCUGCACCAAAACCUCAUGCUUAUCUUGAUUUUUCUAUGUAAGCACAUGCCUAAUUAAAGUUCUUAUAGUUUAUAUUAUUGUUAUGAAUGAGACAAAAUCUUUAUGCAAACAGAAUAGUGCAAAAGAACUUGUGUAGCACACAAACUUAGUGUACUGUACCAAAACUAGUGAUGUAACAAAGGAGAUACAACUCCAUCCUUUAGGUAUGUAAAAUUGAAAUAUCCAUUGAUGACCAAUGGAAGACUUAAUUGAGAAGAUGAAUGCAUCUAAGCUGACCACAGAUUCCAUUAUAAUCUGAUGUUUUCCACCUACUUUUCCAGGUAAGAUCUUCUGGUUUCUCUUUUUCUCUUUUUAUCCAUAAUAUUAUUUGCCACCUCGGCAUCCCUAUAUAAGGAGGGUAACUUUCUUAGGUUGUGGCAACCAUAAAUGGCUUCUAAACAAACCAUGCAACAAGACGAACUGCGCAGAGGGCAAUGGCUUGAAGAGGAAGAUGAGAGUCUGGUUAUGAUUGUAGCCAUUUUAGGAGAAUGUCGUUGGGAUGAUAUAGCAAAAGCUUCAGGGCUGAGGAGGAGUGGGAAAAGCUGCAGAUUGCGAUGGUUGAACUACCUCCGUCCCAAUCUAAAGCACGGUCAUAUUACUGCAGAUGAAGAACGUCUGAUAAUCCAACUUCGGAGACAGUUUGUAAACAAGUGGUCAAAGAUUGCAAAACAAUUGCCAGGAAGAACUGAUAACGAAAUCAAGAACUACUGGAGAAGUCAUUUGAGAAAGAAAGCGCUAAUUAAUGAACAAGAAUCCUUUGGCAGUAACACAAGUAAUUCAGAACAACAAUCAUCAACUUUGAAAAGUGACACAGUCCCUUCUUCUCACAGUGAUGACUCCUUUUCUGAAAAAGGAGAUUGUUCCUCUGCUGAUUCUUUGUCACACUCUUCAAAUGAAACAACAUUACUGGAUUGGAUUCCAAGUUGGUCAUAUGAACAAAGCAGAAUGGAGCAUCAUAUGUACUUUUGCAGCUCAAGCCUAUGUUAUUGUUAUCCUCCAUAGACCUCCCAAUUAGGGCCAGAGCUAGAAGGCUAGCUACGGGUUCCACCGAACUCACUAGCUUUAGUCUAAAGUCCUAACCUUGUAUUUUACUAAAAAGUUAACUAAAUAUGUACAAAAUUAAAUUCAGAAUCCAGUUACUAACACUUGACAUCGCUAUCCUAG